AUUUUAACUUCCUGAACAUCAAAUAGCCUAGGUGCAAAUGUUGCACAACCCUCUUCACAAAACCGGGAGAGGUACAGGGGCUGAGAGCACACAGACACCAGGCGAAGGAGCGAUAGAUACCAUGGCAGCAGCUUCAGAACAGAACGUGGAGUUUGUGCGGACGGGCUACGGCAAGAACGCAGUGAAGGUGUUGGUCAUCAGGAGAGAGGGGAGCCGCCACUCCAUCAUCGAGCUGAAAGCGGACGUGGAGCUCACACUCAAAUCACGCAAGGAUUAUCUCUCCGGGGACAACUCAGACAUCAUCCCCACUGACACCAUCAAGAACACCGUCCAUGGCCUGGCCAAGCUCAAGGGGGUGAAGACCAUCGAGCAGUUUGCCCUGGAUGUCUGUAAUCAUUUCCUCACCUCUUUCAACCAUGUGCUGAGGGCCAAGGUUUACAUGGAGGAGGCUCCGUGGAGACGGUUAGAGAAGAACGGGGUAGAACACGCUCAUGCAUUCAUCUUCAGCCCAGAGACUUGUCGCUUCUGCGACGUUGAGCAGAAUCUCAAUGGCGUCCCAGUGUUGCACAGCGGGUUGAAGAACAUGAAGGUGCUGAAAACCACCCAGUCUGGUUUCGAGGGUUUCCUGCGAGACCGCUUCACUACACUGCAGGACACCAAAGACAGGUGUUUCUGCACCUCCGUCUACGCUAGGUGGCGCUACAACAAGGUUCAGAAUGUCGCCUUUGACUCUGCAUGGAAGUGUGUGAGGGAGACAGUUAUUGAAAGGUUCGCUGGCCCCUACGAUCGUGGAGAGUUCUCGCCGUCUGUGCAGAAAACCCUGUAUGAGACACAGGUCCUGGUCCUGGACAGAGUUCCCGAGGUGGAUGAAAUAGAGAUCGUCAUGCCCAACCAGCAUUACUUCACCAUUGACAUGACCAAAAUGGGCCUUGCCAACAAAGAUGAAGUACUUCUUCCCCUGGAUAACCCCUCAGGAAACAUCACAGGGACAGUGCGCAGGAAACAACGAGCAAAGCUGUGAAGGCACCGACACAACUGCAGAAAAUGCUGUUGCUCAAAAUAUCAACCUCCAUCAGCUGUUCAGAAGACAAAUCAGGGUGACAACAUGAGGACCUAUUCAAGCUCUGAAAAAACCAAAAUGACAAUGAUAAAAUUAUCAAAUGAAAUAAAAGAAAACCACUGCCAUUACA